AUGACGGGGUUUAACUCGCGGAACCUAGCCAAACGGGGUUCCAAGCAUGCCAGGCCACUCCAACAAGGGGACCUCGUCUUCCUCCAGAGCAGCGAAAGCCAACCGUUCGCCUCAAUCCAUCCAAUGGGUCUAACUUUCUUUAUUACGGGCAGUAGCAAGCGCUUGUACUCUGUAUUCGAGUGUCUCAUCUCCGGCGAUCAUAAAGAAGUAAGCUGUGCCGUCAAUGCAGGCGACUGCCGAGGUAUAUAG